CUUCCAAGGUAUUCAUCCACCUCUGAAAGUUUAUGCUAAACUUGAAGAUGUGAGAGAGGACAGUAUAAUUCUUCAGUGGGAACCCUCACAAGACAGCCAUGAGGUCUACAUUCAAAUCAAAGCCAUAUCAGAUAUAAGAGAAGUCAGGAAGCUUUUUGUAAAGGAUGCUACUAGAUUCAAGGUUGAUAAUUUAAUCCCAGGAAUGACAUAUGACAUUGGAAUGGCAACAGUGAUGAAUGGGAACUUAAGUGAGCUAGUAACUAUUCAACAAACUCUAAAGCCCAAACCAGUUCAAAUUGUUAUUCCUUAUGAAAGUCACAGUACCUCCGUUAUCUUAUUUGUUCAAAUGCCUGAUGUUGGAGUGUUUGAUGGCAUAUAUAUUACAAUUGAAGGAGGGCCAAAUGUAACCAGGCUUUUAAAACAUGACAGUAAAAUAACUGUUGACAAUUUAACCCCAGGCACAGAAUAUAAUUUCUUUGUUUCCACCAUCAGCGGGACUAAAUUAAGUAAUAUGUUUCAUGUGCCUACAGUAAAAACAUGUCUGGAAGCACCAUCAAAUAUCCAUGAAGGCAAAGUUACGGACUCUUCCAUAGAAAUUCUCUGGAAUCGAGCUGAUGGGAAUUUUCAGCAUUAUGAAAUCACAUGCAUAAACUGUGCUGCUGCUUUCAUGGUCCAGAAGGUAUUUCAAGAAGCAGCAACAUUCUCUAACCUGGAUCCUGCCACAAUGUAUACCUUCUCAAUUCGCACUGAAAAACAAGGUUUUCAAGACAGUACUCCCCACAUAAAGGAAAUACAGACAGCCCCAAGUGCCAUUGAAUUCAUGAACCAUAGUAGAAACUCAAACGCAGUAACUGUUAACUGGCCUUUAGCCAGAAGUCGUCUGGAUGGAUACAUUAUUUCAAUAUCCAGCAACAGCUUUGUGAAAGAAGAAAUCCUGCCUUCCACAAAAAGGACAUUCACGUUUAACAACCUUUCUCCGGGGACUGACUUUUUAAUUAGCGUUAUAACUACCAAGGGACUAAAGAGAAGCCAGCCUACUGUCCUCGUGGUUAGCACUUAUCCAGACCCACCAUCAGAUUUGCUGGUUUUGGGACAGGAAGAAAGCACAAUAUAUUUGUCUUGGAAACUCCCACAAGGAGGCUUUGAAAAGUUUCAGAUAUCCUACUGCAUGACAUCUAGAAAGGAAAAGCUUUUUAAAGUGAUUGUUUAUGGCAACAAAGCCAAAGUACAGAAUUUGACUCCAGGGAUGGACUACCUGUUCCAGGUGAAGACAGUUAGAGGCAAAGAUUACAGCGUAUCUGUGAUGGAAGAAGUGGCUACAAAGCCAUCUAGGAUAUGUGGCUUAACCUUGAAAGCUGUGAAUACUUCUUCAGCAAAUUUAAUGUGGAAUCCAACAGAGACCAACUUCACUCAUUACAAGAUUUGUAUAUCAAACAGAACAUUUGCAAAAGAGUAUCUUAUUUGGGGGCUGAUGACUGAGCACGCAGUGACAGAGCUCACUCCUGGCGGAGUGUAUAACAUCACAGUACACAGAGUGAGAGGUGAUAUUGAAGGAUCUGGCACGUUUAUCAGAGUCAUUGCAGAACCAGAAAAACCCGAGAAACUUAAAGCCUUCAACGUUUCUGCACAUUCGUUUUCUCUGCACUGGAGCCAACCCUCCGGCCAUGUGGAAGGGUUUCGUGUGGAUCUUGUUCCUGACAGCGGCUUUGUUACUAUCAGAGAUCUUGGAGGUAGCGAGUAUCAGGUUGAUGUUUCCAAUGCUGUUCCAGGUACUAGGUAUGACGUAACCAUCUCUUCUGUUUCCGCUACAACAUACAGCGCACCUGUUAGUAGAACAGUUACCACAAAUGUGACAAAACCAGGGCCUCCAGUCUUCCUAGCAGGGGAAAGAGUUGGAUCUGCUGGGAUUCUUCUGUCCUGGAAUACACCGCCUAAUCCAAAUGGGAGAAUUACAUCUUACGUUGUGAAAUACAAGGAAGUUUGUCCAUGGAUGCAAGCAGCAUAUACACAAGUUAGGGCAAAGGCAGACAGUCUGGAAGUUCUUCUUACUGAUCUUACUCCUGGAACAACAUAUGAAAUCAAGGUUGCUGCUGAAAAUAGUGCCGGCAUUGGAGUGUUUAGUGACCCAUUUCUCUUCCAAACUGCAGAAAGUGCUCCAGGAAAAGUGGUGAAUCUCACAGUUGAAGCCUUUAACUAUUCAGCAGUAAACCUGAUUUGGUAUUUACCUUGGCAACCAAAUGGAAAAAUUACCAGCUUCAAAAUAAGUGUCAAACAUGCCAGAAGUGGGAUAGUAGUGAAGGAUGUUUCAAUCAGAGUGGAGGACAUCCUGACCGGGAAAUUGCCAGAAUGUAACGAUAAUAAUGAGUCUUUUUUAUGGAGUACAACCAGCCCUUCUCCAGCCCCUGGUAGAGUCACGCCUCCAUCACGCACCACGUAUCCUUCGAGCAUGCUGGCACGGAGCAAGGUUAGCUCCGUGUGGAAAGAGCCUGUCAGUUUUGUAGUGACACACUUGAGACCUUACACAACGUAUCUUUUUGAAGUUUCUGCCGUUACAACUGAAGCAGGUUAUAUUGAUAGUACGAUUGUCAGGACACCAGAAUCAGUGCCUGAAGGACCACCACAGAACUGUAUAACAGGCAACAUUACAGGAAAGUCCUUUUCAAUUUCAUGGGACCCACCAACUAUAGUAACAGGAAAAUUUAGUUACAGAGUUGAAUUAUAUGGACCAUCAGGUCGGAUUUUGGAUAAUAGCACAAAAGACCUUAAAUUUGCAUUCAGUAAUCUAACACCAUUUACAAUGUAUGACGUGUAUGUUGCAGCUGAAACCAGUGCAGGGAUUGGACCCAAGUCAAAUAUUUCAGUCUUCACUCCUCCAGAGGUUCCUGGUGUGGUGUCUGGCUUACAGGUUGCAGAAGUAGAAGCCACUCAAAUAAGGAUUACUUGGAAGAAACCACAACAACCAAAUGGAAUUAUUAACCAGUACCGAGUAAAAGUACUAGUUUCAGAGACAGGAGUAAUUUUGGAAGAUACUUUGCUCACAGGGAAAGAUGAGUAUAUAAGUGACCCCCUGGCGCCAGAAGCUGUGAAUAUAGUAGAGUCAAUGGCAGGAUUAUUUGAAGGUUCAGCAGAGAUGUCUUCUGACCUGCACUUGCUUGCUUCAGUUACGUAUAACAGUCACCCACAUAGUAACUUCCCAGCGAGGAGUAGAGCUGAUGGCCAGCCUUCAACAGUUGGAACUGCAAGGAAUCAGUACAUCACGGAUGUAGCAGCCGAACAGCUGUCUUACGUUAUCAGGAAGCUUGUCCCUUUCACUGAGCACAUGAUUAGUGUAUCUGCUUUCACCAUCAUGGGAGAAGGACCACCAACGGUUCUCCAUGUUAGGACACAUGAGCAAGUGCCAAGCUCCAUUCAAGUUAUAAACUAUAAAAAUAUUAGCUCUUCGUCUAUUUUGUUAUAUUGGGAUCCUCCAGAAUAUCCCAAUGGAAAAAUAACUCAUUAUACAAUUUAUGCAGUGGAACUGGAUACAAACAGAGCAUUCCAGAUGACUACUUUAGACAACAGCUUUCUCAUAACAGGGUUAAAGAAAUACACGAAAUAUAAAAUGAGAGUGGCUGCCUCAACCAAUGUUGGAGAAAGUUCUUUGUCUGAAGAAAAUGACAUCUUUGUGAGGACUCCAGAAGAUGAACCAGAAUCAUCCCCUCAAGACGUUGAAGUUACUGAUGUUACUGCUAGUGAAAUAAGUUUGAAGUGGUUACCACCUGAGAAACCCAAUGGGGUUAUUGUUGCCUAUGAAGUACUCUGUAAAAAUCUGGAUACCUUAUUUAUGAAGAACACUUCAACCACAGAUGUAAUUUUAAGCGGCUUAAAACCUUACACCCUCUAUAACAUUUCCUUAAGAUCGUAUACCAGGGUUGGUCACGGCAAUCAGUUGUCUUCUUUACUCUCCGUAAGGACUUCUGAGACUGUGCCUGAUAGUCCACCAGAAAAUAUUACUUACAAAAAUAUUUCCUCUGGAGGGAUUGAGCUAUCAUUCCUUCCCCCAAAGAGUCCCAAUGGAAUUAUACAAAAAUAUACAAUUUAUCUCAAGAAAGGUGAUGGAAAUGAGGAAAGAACUAUAAAUACAACUUCUUUGACUCAGAGCAUUACAGGACUGAAGAAGUAUACCCAAUAUAUGAUUGAGGUGUCAGCCAGUACCGUCGAAGGCGAAGGAGUUCGGAGUGCACCUUUAAGUGUGCUGACUGAAGAAGAUGCUCCUGAUUCUCCCCCACAAGACUUCUCUGUAAAACAGUUGUCUGGUGUCACGGUGAAGUUGUCAUGGCAACCACCCCUGGAGCCAAAUGGAAUUAUCCUCUAUUACACAGUUUAUGUCUGGGAUAGAUCAUCAUUAAAAACUCUCAAUGUAACUGAAACAUCAUUAGAAGUUUCAGAUUUGGACUAUAACGUUGAAUACAGUGCUUAUGUAACAGCUAGCACCAGAUUUGGUGAUGGGAAGACAAGAAGCAAUAUCAUUAACUUUCGAACACCUGAGGGAGCACCCAGUGAUCCUCCCAAAGAUGUUCAUUAUGCAAACCUCAGUUCUUCAUCAAUAGUUCUUUCUUGGACACCUCCUUCAAAACCGAAUGGGAUUAUACAACAUUAUUCUGUUUAUUACAGAAAUACUUCAGGCACUUUCAUGCAGAAUUUUACACUCCAUGAAGUAACCAAUGACUUUGACAAUAUGACCGUAUCUGCAGUAAUAGAUAAACUGGCAAUAUUCAGCUACUAUACAUUUUGGGUAACAGCAAGUACUUCAGUUGGAAAUGGGAACAAAAGCAGUGACAUAGUUCAAGUAUACACAGAUCAAGACAUUCCUGAAGGAUUUGUUGGAAACCUGACUUUUGAGUCCAUCUCAUCCACCGCAAUAAAUGUGAGCUGGGACCCUCCAUCUCUACCAAACGGUCUAGUCUUCUACUAUGUAUCUCUGAGCUCACAGGAGACUCCUCGCCAUGUGAAACCACCUCUCGUUACGUAUGAGAGAAGCAUGUAUUUUGAUAAUCUGGAAAAAUACACUGAUUAUAUAUUAAAAAUCACUCCAUCAACAGAAAAGGGAUUCUCUGAUACCUAUACUGCCCAACUACACAUCAGAACUGAAGAAGAUGUCCCAGAAACUUCACCAAUAAUCAACACUUUUAAAAAUCUUUCCUCUACCUCAGUUCUCUUAUCAUGGGAUCCCCCGGUAAAACCAAAUGGUGCAAUAAUAAGUUACGAUUUAACUUUACAAGGACCAAGUGAGAAUUAUUCUUUUGUUACCUCUGAUAACUAUGUAAUCCUGGACGAGCUCUCACCAUUUACAUUAUAUAGUUUUUUUGCUGCUGCAAGAACUGUAAAAGGACUCGGUCCUUCCAGUGUUCUUUUCUUUUACACAGAUGAGUCAGUGCCUUUAGCACCUCCUCAAAAUUUGACUUUAAUCAACUACACUUCAGACCUUGUAUGGCUGAAAUGGAGCCCCAGUCCAGUUCCAGGCGGUAUCAUUAAAGUAUAUAGUUUUAAAAUUCAUGAACAUGAAACAGAUACUGUAUUUUAUAAGAAUAUUUCAGGUUUUCAAACCGAAGCCGAACUUGUUGGACUGGAACCAGUCAGCACCUACUCUAUCAGCAUCUCCGCCUUUACCAAAGUCGGAAAUGGCAAUCAAUUCAGUAAUGUAGUGAAAUUCACAACGCAAGAAUCAGUUGAGGGGAAUGCGACGGAAGUCUCUUCCCAAGAUCACGGAUACACUUUCAUGAAACUUCUUGCCAAUACCUCCUAUGUCUUUAAAAUAAGAGCUGCCACCUCAGCUGGCGAAGGUGAUGAAAGUACAUGCAACAUCAGCACGCUACCUGAAACAGUUCCCAGUGUUCCCACAAAUAUUGCUUUUUCCAACAUUCAGUCAACUAGUGCAACACUGACAUGGAUGAGACCUGACAGUAUCUUUGGCUACUUCCAAAAUUACAAGAUUACCACUCAACUUCGGGCUCAAAAAUGCGGAGAAUGGGAAUCAGAAGAAUGUGUUGAAUAUCAAAAAAUUCAGUACCUCUAUGAAGCUGACCUAACUGAAGAGACCAUAUACGGGUUGAAGAAAUAUAGAUGGUAUAGAUUCCAAGUGGCCGCCAGUACCAAUGCUGGCUAUGGCAACGCUUCAAGUUGGAUAUCUACCCAAACCCUGCCUGGCCCUCCAGACGGCCCUCCUGAAAAUGUGUAUGUAGUAGCAACAUCACCUUUUAGCAUCAACAUCAGCUGGAGUGAACCUGCUGUCAUUACUGGGCCCACCUUCUAUCUGAUAGACGUCAAAUCGGUAGAUAGCGAUGAAUUUAAUAUUUCCUUAAUCAAGUCAAAUGAAGAAAAUAAAACCAUAGAAAUUAAAGAUUUAAGGAUAUUCACAAGGUAUUCUGUGGUGAUCACUGCAUUCACUGGAAAUAUCAGCACCGCAUAUGCAGAAGGAAAGUCCAGUGAUGAAGUGGUGGUUACUACUUUAGAAUCAGUCCCUAAGGAUGCACCUAACAACAUGACAUUUCAGAAGAUACCAGAUGAAGUUACAAAAUUUCAGUUAACAUUUCUUCCUCCUUCUCAACCCAAUGGAAAUAUUCAAGUCUAUCAAGCUUUGGUUUACCGAGAAGAUGAUCCUACUGCUGUCCAGAUUCACAACCUCAGCAUCAUCCAGAAAACUGACACAUCUGUCAUUGCAGUGUUGGAAGGACUAAAAGGUGGACAGACAUACAACAUUAGUGUUUAUGCAAUCAAUAGUGCUGGUGCAGGGCCAAAUGUUCAGAUGAGAAUAACCAUGGAUAUUAAAGCUCCAGCUCGACCAAAAACCAAACCAACCCCUAUUUACGAUGCCACAGGAAAACUGCUUGUGACCUCAACCACAAUUACAAUCAGAAUGCCAAUAUGUUACUACAGUGACGAUCAUGGGCCGAUCAAAACUGUGCAAGUGCUUGUGGCAGAAGCAGGAGCUCAGCAUGAUGGAAAUGUAACAAAGUGGUAUGAUGCGUAUUUUAAUAAACCGAGGCCAUAUUUUACAAAUGAAGGCUUUCCUAACCCCCCAUGUACAGAAGGAAAGGCAAAGUUUAGUGGCAAUGAAGAAAUUUACAUCAUAGGUGCUGAUAAUGCAUGUAUGAUUCCUGGCAAUGAAGACAAAAUUUGCAAUGGACCUCUGAAACCGAAAAAGCAAUACUUAUUUAAAUUUAGAGCCACAAAUAUCAUGGGACAAUUUACUGACUCUGAUUACUCUGAUCCUGUUAAGACUUUAGGUGAAGGGCUUUCAGAAAGAACUGUAGAGAUUAUACUUUCAGUCACUUUGUGUAUUCUUUCAAUCAUUCUUCUUGGAACAGCCAUUUUUGCAUUUGCAAGAAUUCGACAGAAGCAGAAAGAAGGUGGGACAUACUCUCCUCAGGAUGCAGAAAUUAUCGACACUAAAUUCAAGCUGGAUCAGCUCAUCACAGUGGCGGACCUGGAGCUGAAGGACGAGAGAGUAACGCGAUACUCUUCAUUUUUCUUUAGACGAAAGGAGAUUUUUGUCAUCCAGCCGAUAAGCAAGAAAUCCUUCCUGCAACAUGUUGAAGAGCUUUGCACAAACAACAACCUAAAGUUUCAAGAGGAAUUUUCGGAAUUACCUAAAUUUCUUCAGGAUCUUUCUUCCACUGAUGCUGACCUGCCUUGGAACAGAGCAAAAAAUCGCUUUCCAAACAUAAAACCAUAUAAUAACAACAGAGUGAAGCUGAUAGCUGAUGCUAGUAUUCCAGGAUCGGAUUACAUUAAUGCCAGCUAUGUUUCUGGCUACUUAUGUCCAAAUGAAUUUAUUGCCACUCAAGGGCCGUUACCAGGAACAGUUGGCGAUUUUUGGAGAAUGGUGUGGGAAACCAGAGCGAAAACAUUAGUAAUGCUAACGCAGUGUUUUGAAAAAGGGCGGAUCAGAUGCCAUCAGUAUUGGCCAGAGGACAACAAACCCGUCACUGUCUUCGGCGAUAUAGUGAUUACAAAGCUAAUGGAGGAUGUUCAGAUAGAUUGGACCAUCAGAGAUCUGAAAAUUGAAAGGCACGGGGACUGCGUGACCAUUCGACAGUGCAACUUCACUGCUUGGCCCGAGCACGGGGUGCCUGAGAGCAGCGCCCCUCUAGUUCACUUUGUGAAGCUGGUUCGAGCAAGCAGAGCUCAUGACACCACACCUAUGGUUGUUCACUGCAGUGCUGGAGUUGGAAGAACGGGAGUUUUUAUUGCUCUGGACCACUUAACACAACACAUAAAUGAUCAUGACUUUGUGGAUAUAUACGGAUUAGUAGCUGAGCUGAGAAGUGAAAGAAUGUGCAUGGUACAAAACCUGGCGCAGUAUAUCUUUCUACAUCAGUGCAUUCUGGAUCUCUUAUCAAGUAAAGGAAGUAAUCAGCCCAUCUGCUUUGUUAACUACUCAGCACUUCAGAAGAUGGACUCUUUGGACGCCAUGGAAGGUGAUGUUGAGCUUGAAUGGGAAGAAACCACCAUGUAAAUAUUCAGACCAAAGAGUACAACUGGAAGAUACUUCCAAGUCCCAGGGGCCAAAGUUACCCCCUCAGUCUUCUGAAUUGAAAUGUGCAACCUGAAAUAAAUCUCCACACUUCUCUUACUGUGCCUUACUAAACGGGCUGACAUGUUAUGAAUAGUUCUAGGAAGGAGCUAAUUCAGGAUAGCUGUUUUGUACAGAAUAUUAUAUACUUAAAGUGUUUAAGAAAAGAUACCCCAGAGAUUUUUGAAGCCUUCUGUAUUUUCGGAAUGAGCCAAAUAUAAAACAAUUAUUAUAUUUGCAUUAAUGGUUCAAUGUCAAUUUUCCCUACAUAUUGGAUUCAGUCUUGAACAAAAGUUGUAAAUGUUGAUUCAGUCGUGUUAUUCUGGCCUCCGGAGUGUUGACGUUUCUUGCGGAUAACUUCCAGGACUGUCAUCGUGACCGGCACUUCGAUGUAUGCCCUGUGUUUUGAAUCCUCUGUUUUAUGAGUGCUGAGAUACCAUCUCCCGAUCUCGAACAGCUGAACAGUAACCCCCUGACCCUGCGGGAUUACUUAGCCUUUAUGCAACACACAGUAGCUCUUCGGGGACACUUAGGGCUAUUUAAAUUGCAUUGUGAUCUUUCAUUUGAAAAAACAAAAGGAAAAAUUAAACAGUGCAACUGGUCAUAUGAAGUUGCAGAAUACUUUUCCAGCCUGUCUACCUUUGUACAUUUUCAGGGACAAGCUCUACCACUAUAUUGUACAUUUCAAUGCACAGUUGAAUGUAUCAGUAUUUGUCCAUUAGAUAUAUAUUCAACCUAAUAACAGUUUUGAAGGGUUUCUUCAGCAGAAAUGUAUAAAAGCAGUAAUAAAAAUGUAAUGUGUUGGAAGCUUGUAAACCAAUGAUGUGCUGCUGUGGUGCCAAGUGACUUCUGGAUAGAUUACAUCAAAUGGUUCUUAUUUCACUUCCCAAGGUUGAUUACUGAAGAGUAUAUUUGGUGGAACUGAAAACAAAGAGAUUAACCAGAUUGUAGCAAAUUAGAGAUUUUUUUUUUAAAGAAGCUAUUUCACCCUCCUUUUUGUUGUAUAGUGACACUAUACUAAGUAAGUUUUGAACUAUAUGAAAUUAUUUUGUCAUUGAUUUCAGUUAAGGGUCAUAAAAAUAAAAUAGCAUUAUUUCUUUCAUGAUAAGAAUUAUAUGAUGCUUAUUUCUGCUGGAAUAUAGAGAAAAUGAUGGCCGAUAAAAGUGAAUUUUAAGAAACUGAGUUACUUUGCAACUAGAUUUCAGAGGUCCUUAUAAACAAAUUUGAUUUUGUAUCACAUAUUAAGAUAUAAUUGACAAUAUCAUAAUGUAAUAAAGUAUAAAGUACAGUGUAAUAAUGAAUAUAAAUAAGAUAUAAUGAUUUCCCAAGGUAUCCACAGAUAGUAAUUUUAAAAUCGAGUAUUAUCCAAGGAAUUAAAUCCUUUAGUCUUACAAGCAAUUCUGCUUUCUGUUUUUUUUUUAACGGCAAAGGCAUGUAAAUAAAUAAAAGCUAUUAAUGUUUCAACCAACAAGUUUACUCUAUAGAAAGUUACAGAAGACAAUAAACUGAAAACUCUAAAAAGAUUCAAGUUGGAGUUAGAAGUUCUUCAGUUUGCUUCAUGUGUCAGUCACUGAAAAUAUGUGGUAAACCAGCACUUAUGAAUGUGGGGUUUUAUAUUCAUGAAGACUGAUGACAGCCUGUGGAAAGUAUUAGGGAGUUUACUUUUAAAUGUAUUAAAUGAUAAGAAAGUAAACAGAUCAAUCCACAA